GAUCCAUCUUUGGGAAAAAGAAAGUUUUGCACUGAAGGCAGAGGCCAGUUUAGUGAGUGCUGUUUGCUAAACUGGAAAAUGUUGGUCUUCCUUAAGGAUGAACACAUUUAGGCUACAGUCCUGUGCCCACUUACCUGGAAGUAAGCCCCAAUGAACUCAAUUAAACUUAUUUCUGAGUAGUGUUUGCUGCCAUGGCCAGAAGGGCUUUAAAACUCGCAUCGUUGGCCACUGCAGCAGCAGCCACCACUGGGUUUUACCUGUAUGGCAACAAGCACCUGGAUCCCAACGAUUUUGGAGUUGUUCGAGUAGGCAGAGCAUUUGCCACAACAGCAAUUAUUACUUUUGACUACCUCACUUCUCUCCGGAGUGUUUCACGUGGGACAGAAGAAUAUGAGUCUGUCAAAUCACAGGUGCAUCUGCGCUCUGCAGAACGUCUCCGAGACCUGUGUUGUGCCAACCGGGGCACCUUCAUCAAAGUGGGGCAGCACCUGGGGGCUCUCGACUAUCUCUUGCCUGAGGAAUACACUCGCACACUCAAGGUGCUGCACAGCCAAGCCCCUCAGAGCAGCAGGCGAGAGAUCGAGCAAGUGAUCUUGGAGGACCUGGGCAAAGGGAUUAAUGAGUUGUUUAUAAGUUUUGAAGAUGCUCCAUUGGGGGCGGCAUCCCUGGCCCAAGUCCACAAGGCUGUGCUACACGAUGGGAGAACCGUUGCAGUGAAAGUCCAGCACCCGAAGGUUCAAACACAGAGUUCAAAGGAUAUUCUGUUGAUGGAGGUCCUUGUCUCGGCCGUGAAGCAGAUCUUCCCAGACUUUGAAUUCAUGUGGUUAGUUGAAGAAUCUAAAAAGAACUUGCCUCUUGAGCUGGACUUCCUGAACGAAGGGAGGAAUGCUGAGAAGGUGGCCCACAUGCUCAGAAAGUUUGAUUUUCUAAAGAUCCCUAAGAUUUAUUGGGAGCUCUCAACAAAGCGUGUUCUUUUCAUGGAGUUCAUGGAAGGUGGGCAGGUGAAUGACAAGGCCUACAUGGAGAGAAAUUGCAUCAAUGUCAAUGAGAUAUCUCACAACUUGGGGAAGAUGUACAGUGAAAUGAUAUUUGUCAAUGGCUUUGUGCACUGUGACCCACACCCUGGCAACGUGUUGGUGAAGAAGUGUCCAAGUACAGGCAAGACGCACAUUAUACUUCUGGACCAUGGGCUCUAUCAGGUCCUGUCAGAGAAUGUCCGCUUGGACUAUUGCCGGCUUUGGCAGGCCUUGAUCAAAUCUGACAUGAAGCGUGUCCAGAAAUACAGUCGUCGGCUGGGAGCGGGCGACCUGUAUCCCCUCUUUGCCUGCAUGCUCACUGCCAGGUCUUGGGAGUCAGUCAACAGGGGCAUCGACCGGCUGCCAGUCACUAAACAAGAGGAUGUGGAAAUCCGGACGAACGCUGCCAUGUACCUACCUCAGAUCACCAAGCUGCUGAACAGCGUCCCCCGUCAGAUUUUGCUGCUGUUGAAGACCAAUGAUUUGUUGAGGGGGAUUGAAUCAGCUUUACAGACACGGGCCAGUGCCAGCUCCUUCCUCAACAUGUCUCGCUGCUGCAUUCGAGCUGUCUCCACGCACCAGAGGAGCAAGAGUGACUCACUGUACAGGAAGGCACAGAUAUCCAUCUCUGAGGCCCUGAGCUUGUGGCAGAUCAACUUGUACGAACUUUUCCUGCGGCUGAAGGGGUCCCAGCUGGGGAACUGGGUCAUUGCUUUCCUGAGCUGGAUGCACCAUUCCUCAUAGUGACAUGAACUGGUGGCAGAAGCUGGGCCUGAUUAUAUCCUUGCCUUUCUCAGCUGCGGCAUUCUAUUUAUUCUGCUGGAGUUUUCUGGGUCUGUUUUCAUGUAACACACGGUGCUGUCCUUGUUGCCUUUUGCAGGGUCACUUUCUUUCUGAGGCAGAGAAGGCGAAAUCACAAAACAGCAUCUAGAGCUCAAGGGAGCCAGAAGUCUCAUGCUUCCAGAUAUAGUUCAGGAUGGUGGCAGCUUAGGGAGAAGGUUGCAAAUUUCUCUGUCGGCAGAUCUCCAGCUGAAGUCCUAAAGAACUGCACAGGACCAACGAGCUUCUAACAAUACCAUACAGGUUUCCUGAGCAGAUACUGCAGAAUUGUUGCAUUAAUUCCCCUUCAGUUCUGCUGAAAUGUUCCAAAACAAAAUGGAUUUUGCCAAAGAAUUGAAAGCCAGAAUGUCUAAACAGUACUCCCACUUCUGGGAGAUUUUGAACGCAAAGGCUGGGAGUGAAACCAGUGAGAAUUUCUUUUCUAAUUGUCACCCUACCCCUCUCCAGGUGACAGUUUUUAAAAAACAAACACAACCACAGACAUGUCUAGUAGCCAUGGAAUUCAAGUAACCUGUUUUGGGCCUCUCUGGUUGUGAGGUUUGGGAAAUUUGGGGAUAUUUUAAUUGCCUUAAUUACCUGAGAUGUAAACUAGAGGCAGCAACACCAACCUGCAGUGGAAGUGUUCAGAGAGAGACACUGUUGAAUGGCAACACAUUAUUGUCUGAGAACUCAUUCACAAGUCAGUGCUGGUCAUGUUUUGUGUAUUUGCAAGGGGAAAUAAACAAGAGCUUCCUCCCUUUGGGAAGUAAAAAGA